GAGCGCUUACUGCGUGCUCCACCUUCCCCGCAGCUAUGGGCGCCUCGUCUUCGUCGUCCCCAUCGCCCCGGAGCCCCUGCUGACCGCCUGAUCCGACGGGGAGACAUGGAGAUGCUCGCCUGGAUCCUGCCCCCGCUCGUCCUGCUCUGCACCCAACUGCACCGCUGCCCCAGGGCAAUGAACGACAUUGGUGACUACAUUGGCUCCGAUGUGGAGAUCUCCUGGCUCCCUAACCUGGAUGAUUUGAUGACCGGCUAUGCCCGGAACUUCCGGCCCGGGAUUGGCGGUCCUCCUGUGAAUGUGGCUCUUGCCAUCGAGGUGGCCAGCAUUGACCACAUCUCAGAAGUUAACAUGGAGUACACCAUGACGGUUUUCCUGCAUCAGAGCUGGAGGGAUGACAGGCUGUCUUACAACCACACCAACGAGACGCUGGGCCUAGACAGCCGCUUCGUCGACAAGCUCUGGCUGCCCGACACGUUCAUCGUGAACGCCAAGUCGGCCUGGUUCCACGAUGUGACUGUGGAAAACAAGCUCAUCCGCCUGCAGCCCGAUGGGGUGAUCCUCUACAGCAUCAGAAUCACCUCCGCCGUGGCCUGUGACAUGGAGCUCUCCAAGUACCCCAUGGACGAGCAAGAGUGCAUGCUGGAACUGGAGAGCUACGGCUACUCCUCUGAGGACAUCGUGUACCGCUGGUCCGAAAAUCAGGAGCAGAUCCACGGGCUGGAUAAGCUGCAGCUAGCUCAGUUCACCAUCCCCAACUUCCACUUCACCACGGAGAUGAUGAAUUUCAAAUCUGCAGGUCAGUUCCCCCGCCUCAGCCUGCACUUCCACCUGCGACGCAACCGCGGCGUCUACAUCAUCCAGUCCUACAUGCCGUCCGUCCUGCUGGUCGCCAUGUCCUGGGUCUCCUUCUGGAUCAGCCAGUCGGCCGUGCCUGCCCGAGUGUCACUAGGUAUCACCACUGUCCUGACAAUGACCACUCUGAUGGUCAGCGCCCGCUCUUCCCUCCCACGAGCCUCAGCCAUCAAGGCCCUGGACGUCUACUUCUGGAUCUGCUACGUCUUCGUUUUCGCUGCCCUGGUAGAGUACGCGUUUGCCCACUUCAACGCCGACUACAUGAAGAAGCAAAAAGCCAAGGUGAAGGUCACCAAGCAGAGCAGUGAGCUGAACAUGAAGAACGCCAUUGUGCUGUUCUCCCUCUCCGCCGCCGGCGUGAACCAGCAGCUGGCCAUCUCCAACCGGCAGCACAAGAUCCCCCGGAACCUGAUGGGCUCCUACCGGUCCGUAGAAGUGGAGACGGGACAGGUGAAGAAGCAGAAGAGCCUGAAGCCUGGGAAAAGGGAAGGCCUCAAGUCCCUCUUCAAGCCCAUCGACGCCGACACCAUUGACAUCUAUGCCAGAGCUGUUUUCCCGGCUGCCUUUGCCGCGGUCAAUGUGAUCUACUGGGUGGCCUACACCAUGUAGGGGCACAGAGCUCCCUUGGGCCAGCGGGGCCCGAGUGUCACUGCUCGCUCUUGGCUCCAGCCAGGAGCCAGCAUGUCUGCUGAGGUUUUCCUAGGUCAAGAACUGCCUGGCCUAAAAGCAAGUUGGGAUAACUGCCCAAUGGGCAAUGAGGCCUAUUUUUUGAGUUUUGGGCUGGGAGUAAGAACAGACCAAACCAGCACUUGGUCUGAAUUCAGGCUCUCAUGUGGGCAGGAGCCUGAUUUCCAAUCAAUCAGUGAGUCAGUGGUACUUAUUGAGCACUUGCUAUGUGCAGAGAACUGCACUAAGUGCUGGGGAGAGCACAGUACAGAAAUAUUAGCAGACGUGUUCCCUGCUCAUAACGUUUUCAAUCUCUGUUUGGGCCAUUUGCUGAGAUUCGAAUCAACCACCAAAUUGACCCAUCUCCUCAGCUCCUCAGGACUGGGGCCCAGCACUGCUUCAGCCCCAGAGGGGCCUGGGGCAGGCCCUACCCCACUUCAGUUCUUCCCUUGGGACGGCACUACUGACCUCACCUGGGAUAUUCAGAGUCCGGCCCUGAUGUAGCAGAUGGGAGACAGACGGAGCAUUCAGUUCCCCGGUCAUGGUUGGACUCUCAGAUCUUGGGGACGUGUGUUUGAGGCAGAGCUGUAAGGAGGACUGGGGGCUCUGCGGUUAUUUAUUGUCUUGGAUGAAAUGUUUAAGCAGAAACCCUUAGCUGCAGCAUGAAAUAAAGAAUUCUGCGUAGAA